AUGAACAUUUUUCGUCUUUGUGCAGAUCUAACACAUUUAGCGUCCAUCUUUAUUUUGCUCGCAAAGAUUAGACAGAGUCGUUCGUGUGUCGGUAUUUCGCUCAAAACUCAAAUCCUAUUCUGUGUCGUCUUCUUGACGCGAUACAUUGAUGUCGUCUAUAAAUUCCACUCUGUUUACAACACUUGCAUGAAACUCUUCUUCAUUGCCUCGUCCUUUUAUGUCUUGUAUUUGAUGAUGAAGAAGUUCAAGGCCACUUACGACCCUAAUCUCGACACUUUCCGUAACGAAUAUCUGCUCGUAUUCGCCGCUGUCUUGUCUGUUUUGCUCUGUUACGAGUAUACUCCUGUUGAGAUUCUUUGGUCUUUCUCCAUCUGGUUGGAGUCGGUCGCUAUUUUACCACAAUUAUUCAUGCUGCAACGCACUGGUGAAGCAGAGACGAUCACAACACAUUACAUUUUUGCCUUGGGUGCUUACCGCACGCUUUACUUGUUCAACUGGAUUUAUCGUUACUAUUUCGAAGAGAAUUACUCUGUGGAUUGGAUUGCCUCUGUUGCCGGAUUAUUGCAAACUGCUUUAUAUAGUGAUUUCUUUUAUAUUUAUUACGUCAAGGUUGUAAAAGGAGAGAAGUUUGAAUUGCCGAAGGUUGCUUAA